UACGAAAAUAGAAGCUUCUGUGUAAUACGAGCUGACUCCCUGAUAUAGUGCUUUCUCUCGGACGGUUAUUUUCGACCGAUCCUACUGCACUGUCCAGACACUCAACAGAACGUAGAAAAAGCGUCAACGACCGCGGGUGCCACUUCGAGUGUCCACUAAUCGGCUCGAGUAUUUCAAUGAAUCAAUGCAUUUUCUAGUUGGCUGAGGAACUAACACAAGAAUAUGGUAUUCCUGAAGAUAUAUCUGUGAAGAUUACAACAACAUAUUUGAAGCUCUUUAGAAAAUGUCCUGAUAAUGUAAUUCACACCUUGGAUGUUUGGCGUAUAACUUUAUGGAGUAGAGCACUCGGAGAAAAGUACUCAUAUCUAGCAAAAAAAAUUUACGAGCGAUGGUUAUGUCUACGAUAUUAUUAUUUGGCUCUGUCGUCAGAUAUAGUUUCUAUGCUGCAUCAAUUGAGGUUAAAAUACCUCUUAGGUUUGAUUACAAAUGGUCCAUCUAAUGCACAAUGGGAAAAAAUACGAAAACUUUCACUAGAACAAUAUUUCGAUAUAAUUCUUGUAUCAGGAGAUUUACCAUGGGAAAAACCCAAAAGGGAAAUAUUUCGAAAAGCAUACCGAUUUUUAAAUGUUAAACCAGAUAGUUGUGUAAUGGUUGGUGACAAACUGGAAACUGAUAUCCUGGGUGGAAUAGAAGCAGGUCUAGGGUGUACAAUUUGGAUUCCAACAUUGGAUAAACCACCCUUAUUAAGGGGAGAUCCACAACCAGAUUUUACUAUAAGGCAUGUCACAGAUCUCUUAAGUAUUUUAAACAGAAGUCCUGAUGCACCAGAACUUGAAGAUUCUUCUUCAAAUGCGUCAGAUGGUAGUUGAUAAAAGGAGAGAUUAUUACUUCAAACUUUUCCAAAUAUUAUAGCUGAUCAGAGGUCACAUUUUUAUAUAGAGAACUUGCUAAUUAUUUUCUCAUAGUUAAGUAAAUAUUAUUAUUGUAACUAUUAUUAUAGCAUGCUUUAAAAGUGUCUUAAAUGGCUCCUAUAUUAUUUUUAUCUUCAUAUUGAAUAGAAAAAAAUGAAAUUGUUAUUGAACUACAACAUGAUGAUAGUGUUACUGCAUUGAAUUUCAAAAAGAUAUCAUUUAAGUAUAUUUAUUAUAGAUCUCUCUUUUACUAAGUUUUUAAAUUGAGAAUGAAUUUUAUAUCAUUUAUAUGAGAUAAAAAUUAUUUUUUAACUGAAAGAGUAUUCUUAAUUGAGAAUUGUGUAAUUGUUUUUAAAUUUACUUGCUAGGUAUAUUACCUAACUUUAUAAUAAAUUUUGGUUUUUACAGACAAGUUUUAGAUAACGUUAUAAAUUGUUUAUAUAUAUGUAAAUUUAUUAUAAGUAAGCACAAAGUAAUUUGUAUACAAAGUACAAAUGAACAUUUAUAUCCAUAUAUUAAUAAAAAAAAUUUAAUAGGAGUAAUGAUAAAUAAUUUUUAUAAUUUUAUAGCCAAUGUACAAUGUAUGCAUUAAAUAUAAUGAUUGUAAAAAUGUAUAAACAUAUGUUUAUAAUUAUGAGAUAUAUACAUGGAAUAUGUGAAGAGUAAAUACCACGAACAAAUUUGAUACACACACAUAUAUUGUAACUAUAUAAUAUGUACAUCUGUAACAUAUAUUUUUCCAUUAUAUAUUUUAUUUUGUGUUAAAAUAAUACGAACAGAAAUGUUGAAGAAAGUUUUAAAAAACUGAUAAAAUGAUAAAUUGAAAUGUAAUAGUUAUUUUUAGUAAUAAAAGAAAAAAUAACAAUA